AGUAUGUAAAUGAAAUUGAUUAAGAUAAAAUUAUCAUUAUUAAAGUAGAAUCAUUAAUUAUUACAUAUUUAGUAGUGGAUAAAAGAUGAUGUAGAAUCUAUAUAUGAACUAAAGGAAUUCCAUUCGAUUCAAGAAUUGUAGGUAAGUCUGAUAUAUUAAACUGUCAUGCAUAAUAAAUAUGUAGAAUCGCCAUCAUAUUCUAUACAUUUAUUAAGUUUACUGCUUAAAUUGAAAUUGUAGUCUAUUUAUCAACAGAAAUUGAUUCACCAACAUUAUGUUGACUAAAUUUAAAUCUGA